UCAGCUCGGGUCCGCCAUCAAGCCAUCAAUUUUAGGACACGAAAUAGUAAGCGAAAUCAAUCAAAAAUCCGUUGGUUGACCCGACGACGGCUCUUCACUCGCAUCUCGCUCGCCGGAGCUCCGAGGAACCUCGUCCAUCGCCGCUCCCUCCCAUCGCCGCAGCCGAUUCGGUUGCUAUUGCUUACUUUGGUUACAAUGUGCCAUCAAAGUUCCUGUGAACAUUUUUCUGAUGAAGAUGCAACUGCAGCAGAAGAGAGUCUCCUGGUGUAUUGCAAGCCUGUUGAGCUAUACAAUAUUUUACACCGCCGUGCUAUACAUAAUCCUUCUUUCCUUCGGAGAAGUUUGCGUUUCAAAGUACAAGCAAGGCCUAAGCGUAAUAAGAGGUUGAGGGCUGGAAUAGUCAUUUUCAACUAUAGGGACUGCAACAACGUGCAUCGAAAGAUUGAAGUAACUGAAGAUUUCUCUUGCCCAUUUUGCUUAAUGCAAUGUGCAAGCUUUAAGGGUCUGAGGUUGCAUUUAUGCUCAUCGCAUGACUUGUUCAACUUCGAGUUUUGGGUUUUUGAAGAGUAUCAAGCUGUGAAUGUCUCUGUUAAAGUUGAUAUGCUGAGAUCUGAGGCUCUGACAGAAGAAACAGACCCUAGAUUGCGAACAUUCUUCUUCUGCCCAAAACCACGAAGGCGUCGGCCGAAAUAUCCUGCUCAAAAUAGGAAGCAUGUCCAAGUUGAGUUCUUGGAAUUUGAUCCAUCCCAAAUAGCCAGUGAGGGAAUGCAGAAAGGACUUCAGGAAGUUGAAAAUGCUAUGCAGAAUGGAGUGCAUGAAGCAGAGAAUUUCUAUCCGGACUAUCCUAGUACAGCUGAGUGUUUAGAGCAUGUUGCGUCCAGUUUUAAUGUUUCAGGGACUCCAACUUCUAUGGCUCAAUCUUCUGUAGACCAUGAAUGCAUCAAAUCAUUAGCUGGAAGUGAUCCGGCUAUUCUGCAAAUGUCAAAAGCAAGGAGGAUUGUGGUGGAACGUUCAGAACCUAGAAACCGUGGCCAAUUGCUGAGACGACAGUUCUAUCACUCUCACAGAGUUCAGCAUAUGGCAGUGGAUCAAGUGUUAUCGGAUCAGGACAGUGAGGAUGAAGUAGAUGAUGACAUUGCAGAUUUUGAGGAUCGAAGGAUGCUGGAUGAUUUUGUGGACGUCACCAAGGAUGAAAAACAUCUCAUGCAUCUCUGGAACUCGUUUGUCAGAAAACAGAAGGUUCUGGCAGAUGGUCAUGUACCAUGGGCAUGCGAAGCGUUCUCAAAACUUCACAGCCAGGAGCUUAUCGAAUCUCCGGCUCUCUUUUGGUGCUGGAGAUUAUUUAUGAUAAAACUGUGGAAUCAUGGCCUUCUUGACGCAUCCACAAUGAACAACUGUAACGCAAUCCUCGAGAGCUAUCGGAACGAGGGACCCAAUGCAAAGCGAAAGACUGAUCCUGCGAAUUAACGUAGCAUUCAACAGUUGACUAUAGGUAACCCAAAAUUCAACCAGCUGAUUUAGUUUCAUUCUGAUGACCCGGCUAGGGUAGAAUCAAUGUCAUUUAAUAUGGAACCAGAGUAGAAAUUGUGGUUAUCUUCUGGGAUCUGAAUGUUGUAAACCUCAUGAAACGAGCCUACAUGUUUCUCUCUCGAUUC